CCAUCUUUGUGCUAAAGGCUAACGUGCUAAGCGAGGGGUCUCCAUCACAAGGAGGCGGAGAAGACUGCGGGCGGCAGAGAGAAGCAGUCAAAGCAGAGGACUGAACCUUCCCUGGAGAAUCGGGGAGCUCUCACACACGGGAAAGCGUGACCUAAAAGCUUGUACAAUGUCCGAUUUUGACAGCAACCCGUUCGCAGACCCGGAUUUCAGCAAUCCAUUCCAGGAUCCUUCAGUGACCCAGGUGACACGGUCUGCCCCUCCUGGUGGUCUGGAGGAGUAUAACCCCUUCACAGACGCCAGAACGGCGGCCCCUGGAAAUGCCCCUAAAUCUGCUGCUCCCCCCUCCCAGAACACACAGCCUGCCAUCAUGAAGCCCACAGAAGAGCCGCCAGCAUACUCACAGCAACAGACUCAGGAUCAAGCGCGCGCUCAGGCUGAGUUGUUGAGAAGGCAGGAGGAGUUGGAGAAGAAGGCAGCAGAGCUCGAUCGUCGGGAGCGGGAGUUACAGUCUCACGGAGCCGCAGGAGGGCGUAAGAACAACUGGCCUCCGCUGCCCGAGAAGUUCCCUGUCGGACCGUGUUUCUACCACGACAUCGCAGUGGACAUCCCGGUAGAGUUCCAGAAGACUGUCAAAAUUAUGUACAACCUCUGGAUGUUCCACGCAGGCACACUGUUUGUGAACAUGUUCGGCUGCCUGGCCUGGUUCUGCGUGGACGCCACUCGCGGAGUAGAUUUCGGCUUGGCCAUGCUGUGGUUCCUGCUCUUCACCCCCUGUUCUUUCGUCUGCUGGUACAGACCACUUUAUGGGGCUUUCAGGAGCGACAGUUCAUUCCGCUUCUUUGUCUUCUUCUUCGUCUACAUCUGUCAGUUUGGAGUUCACGUCCUCCAGUCCAUCGGCAUCACUGGCUGGGGAACUUGCGGUUGGAUCGCAGCUCUAACUGGUCUGAACACCAGCAUCCCAGUGGGCAUCAUCAUGCUACUGAUUGCAGCUCUGUUCACCGCGCUGUCUGUGGGCUCCCUCAUCAUGUUUAAAAAGGUGCACGCCCUGUAUCGUACCACUGGUGCCAGUUUCGAGAAAGCUCAGCAGGAGUUCGCGACCGGAGUCAUGUCCAACAAGACCGUUCAGACCGCGGCGGCCAACGCCGCCGCCAAUGCUGCAUCCAACGCUGCUCGCGGGGCCUUUAAACCUCAUCCAUAAACUGAAGCAUACACACACUCCCAUCGCGCUGAACCGAUGGAGAUGCACAGCUCUGCGUCUGCCGGUUCAAGGAUCGAAUCAGUUCUGUCAAUGAAUGUUACGAUGCUCAGAUUGCCCUGCGCACUUCGCCUAAGAAGUGUAAAGUAAAAAAAAAAAAAAAAAAAAAAAAAGAUACCCAAGUGACCAGAGUUGUGCAUCUUCAUCUAAAGCUAUAAAACGGUAAGAAACAAAGCCUCUCCCACUUCCACCCUGCUUUUUUCAGUCAGGUCUGCCAGCAUCCCUCCAAGCGUCCACCAAGUGACUGGAAGUGGGCUGUGAGUGUGUGGGACUUCAUCUCUGGCACUGAAACACUCCUCGCUUUCAUGCCCUUCAUUCCCCCCCCCCCCCCCCCCCCCCCCGCCCCCGAGGUGAUCCCGGGUCAGCCAGAGGUCACAGUUUUAGCAUACCUUGUUUUUGUCAUGGUGACAAACCUCCGAGCAGCUUCCUGCCUGAUGAAUCCAGUGUAGAGUCAUGAAAAGUGAUAAUCUGAUCACGGUGGUUUUGCACUUAGUUCUGUUUCCCUUGCCCACGUACUGGAAGUACAGUGUAUGCGUGAAUGGCUGGGCCUCUGUGCAAAUGUGUGCUUCACUUUUGAUGAAAAUUGUGGCUCUGACUUGUUUUUAAUUUUUAUUUUUUUAAAUAAUCCAGUGCUUGGUUAUUGAGCUCCGAAAGGUAACAUGUACCUUGUCCUAUAUCAGUGCUUCUGUCGUGAGAAAAGUACCAAUCUGGUUAUGGUAAAACGUAUUGCAUAUAAAUAAGAUGUGUGUUCUUAUUGAAGGGCCCUCGGUGAAACCUCUCAAUUGAGCGGUGAUUUCUGCUCUGACGUUCAUGGGCAUCAUCUCCAGAUCUGGCAGCAUGAUGGAGACAUGCAUGAUUAGCACAGUGAAGGUAGCUAUUUCUUUGACAGAGGAAGUUGGUGUGACUGGUUUUCACUUUUUUGUUUUUUAACGUGAAGAGCAAUUGCAUGUCCCCAGUGGCUAUUCGGAUGACGGCGACAGUUCAGGCCCGACUCACUCCAAGGAGGAAACAUGUUAGGACUGGUAUCUAGAUGUGCGUUUGUCACUAAAAUAAUGCCAUGUUCUUCAAAGUUUGGUUUAAAACUAACGCUGCUAUAAAUCUGAGAGCCGCUCAGCUGCGACUUCCCGCUGUCACGUUUCCUGUUUGAAGGGAGGAAUCGCCACAUGUAGGGAGAACCCGCCUGCCUUUUUUCACAGAAGCAGACCUGGACAGCGAUUAAGCUCUGGAUUUCUCGUGAGAUUAACCUGACAUAGUAAGCAAGCAUUGAUCCUGUGUAUAUGUACACUACACAGGCUUAACAGUCCAUUUCCAUUGAUUUCCUUCUGGUCAGGAUUACUGGCCCCAUGUUUUAUAGCCAAAAUGAACAUUGCUGUUACGGAGGACUGGACUUGAUGCACAUUCAGUUUGAUCACUAUGGUACUUUAAUUUAUAUACGAUAACAGUGUUAUUCAGCACGGCGUUGUACAGACUACUGUCACUUAAGUGUAAUAUGGGUUCCAUUUUUUUUUUUUUUUUGUGCUUUAGCAUCUCAUAGUGGUGGUGACGACUGUCUAAAGAUGUACAUGAUGACUGGACGUUACGGUGGAGGAAGUCCUCUUGUGAGCGUGAAGUCCAGGGUUCGGUGAAAAUAAGAAUGAAACUCAACAGUAUUGAUUUUGUCUGGAUUUACUUUCUAUUGUUGCACAUUUCUCGGUAUUUGUCGACCUUAGUGCAAACAUGUUUUUAUUUAUGGCAUAAUUUAAGUUGUCGGUUUUGUUUGGUUUGCUUUUACAUCUCGUUUUUAUUGUUUUCUUGCGUGGGAUUUUGUAACGACAUGAUCAUAGCAUCAGCUAGAUUUAAAAGAAAGAAAGUGUUCGACGACAUUGCAACUGGACCCUGCAAGAGGUGUGCUUGUUGUACGAGGAUGUGCGUGUGUGUGAUUUGUAUGAAAGGAAGAAGAAAAAGAAAACUCCCUCAAGUGUUAUUCUAUGUCCUGAAAAGCUGUGAGAAAUCUACCAAAUGUCCAUAUAGAUUUGUUUUCAAAUCUUGCUUUGUGAUGUGUUUUCUCUCUCCAUGUUUUACUUUAAAGAACAUCCACUUUGCUGCGUACACCCACACGAUUCCCAUGUUUCAACGAAGCCAUGCCAGUGUAGGGUAUGUCUUGAUGUGCUUGGCGGGCCGGUCUGCAGUACAGGACAAUACGUUUGAAGUUUGCUGACACAAAACUGUGUUUGACCUGUGACCAUGUUACUCACUGAAUCGGAGAAGAAACUCAUCCAAAAAAAAAAAAAAGGGACACCUGUAUAUUUUGUAAAAUUUGAAAAUUUGAUCCCCAUUAUCAAUCACAUGUAAAAAGAAGAAAAAAAAAAAAGUAAUGCACUCUUGUCUGGCCUUUGUCGCAUGUGAAAUAGUUUGAGUUUUGUAUAUUUAUGGUAUUAACAUGAAAUAAAAUUUGAAAGAAUU